GGCACGUUUCGCAUGUCCAUGUCCCUCUGUCUUCUGUAACCUCGUAAAGCGCUUAAACCUUCCGUCUCACGGAGCUUGAAAAGUUGGAAGGACCAAAUUCUUCUGCUCUGAAACUAGAAAUUUCUCUAUCUAGGGUUUUUAAUAGCUUUCCCUAUCAUUUGAAGGAAAGAACGAGGAAUUAGGGUUGCCAGGGGAGAGUGUCCAUGGAUCGUCUUCGUCCCAGGCCGAGGCUCCUCUUCUCUGGAUUCACAAGUGCUGAGGUUGAGAAGAUGGAGAAGUUUCUGAAUGAAUCAGAUAUUCGAUUGAUGGACAACGAGUUUUUUCAGAAAAUUGCAAAAAGUUUUAAUUGCUCUUCUGGUCGUGCUGGGAAACCUAUUAUUAAAUGGACAGAGGUCCAAACUUGGUUCCAGGAGAGGGACCAGCAUUGCAUGCCUAUGCCCGAAGUUGUUCCAGUAGCUAGUCCUCUAAGAAAGAAGCGAGGGCGUUCCCCAAUUCCUAAAGAAGCAGGGGAAGAGCUGCCAGAUCUCUCAGAGUUGGAAUUUGAGGCCAAGUCAUCAACAGACGAGGCAUGGUAUGACGUUGAGUCGUUUCUCACACACAGGUUUCUAAGUUCUGGAGAAGCUGAGGUUCGUGUGAGAUUUGUCGGAUUUGGGGCGGAGGAGGAUGAGUGGGUUAAUGUGAAGAAGGCUGUGCGAGAACGCUCCAUCCCUCUGGAGCAUACAGAAUGUCAUGCAGUGAAGGUUGGAGAUCUUGUGCUAUGCUUUCAGGAGAGGAGAGAUCAAUCCAUCUAUUAUGAUGCUCAUGUUAUCGAUAUUCAAAGAAGAUUGCAUGAUAUUAGGGGCUGCAGGUGUCGUUUCUUAAUUCGAUAUGACCAUGACAACACCGAGGAAAGAGUUCGUUUAAGGAGAUUAUGUCGCAGGCCUCUAUAAAAUAUAUGUUCAGGAGAUAUUUUGGAUUUUCUGCCACUCUUCAGCGCGUUUUCUCCUCUUUUUGUAUCUGGGCGGCGGUAUGUUCAUGCAGAGGACCAUUUUAAGAGUUAUAUUAGUUAUUGAGAGAGGAUUUAUACAUGUUAAUUAGCCUGACCCAAGAUUUAGCAGCCUGGGUGGGCUAAUGAGAAGAUAACCGCCUCUCUUGUCCA